UUUACAAAUGUCAACAAAAGAACACAUGAACAUAAAUAUAAAACAUAGAAACAACAUUUAGAACAAACUACUUAGUUACAUCACUAAAUAAAGAGAGGACAGCACAACAAAGACAUACAAUUAACUACGAUUUAAGAAAACACAUGAAUACUAAAGGUUUUGUCAUUGUCUUUAACAAAAGUGAAAACUGCCCUUGCUUUUUUAUUUUUUAUUAAUUUUAAUGAAUCAAAAUAUUUAAAAAAAUCUCUUUUUUUCUAAUUAGUUUUGUUCUUAUGUGUUCUGAGCAUCAAUAUAACAGCAGCAUAUCUUCAGAUACUUGUUAUUCAAAAUCUUUUACUAAGGGUUACUAAUACCUCUGUUUUUACCGGAGGUUGACUGACUGAUAUGCAUUUCCUGAGUUUUAUUUUCACUUUCCUGUGUCUGUUUGCUUCCACCAGCCCUUGCUCUGCAGCGGCUUCAUGAGGUUUCUCACUGAACUCAUGCUGUGUGUGCUCUCUGACGGAGGGCAGACUCACACACACACACACAGUGGUGCAGUAGGACCCGGAGCUGCAGAGGCAGCAAUGUGACAGGGAGGUGGCUGCAGGGAGGAGCUUCACAAAAGGCCAAACAAGCCUCCACACCCUGCAGCCUCUGGGAAGUUGAUCUGCAUUCUUUGAAUGUACAAAUACACACACACACAAAUUUCUGUCCAGACAGAGGGAAGGCUGGGAGGGCCCGCUCAGCAAGGUUGGCCAGUCAGAGGUUUGGAGGGAGCCUGACCGAGACCUGGAGACCAGAACUUCAUCAUCAGAACCCUGCCAGCUUGUCUCAUCAUGAUGAAGGCAGGGGACGAUGAAGGUGCAGCUGGAGGCCGAUUGGGAUUUUUAAAACAGCAGGACAGCGAUGCUAAAGAAGGAAAAACUCUGAGCAAACUGAGUUCCACCCCAGCUAAAGGAGACUGGACCAAAGCAAGCUGCCCCUGCUGCGAGUCCAAGCAGGUCGAGCCGCUGGUUCUGGUGAAGCUGGGAGGGAAGGUCGGCCCAGAGACGAAGCGGUGGCUCAUCAGAUUGAUAGGUGCCCAGCAAAAAGAUGGAGGUGCUGGAUUAUUGGCCCACCCAGGUGAAGACGCACAAAGCAGCAUCAUCGUGGUGUCAGCUCCCCGUUGCACGUUGCUGCGAGCCACAGAGGAGCUAGGCCUUUGUAAGACUUACCACACCGGAGAGAUGGAGGCCUUCUCCUACAAUGACAGAGACAACUUCAGAAAUUCAAACAACAUGGAGGCGUUUCUGACUCUGGCAGAGCGGGAGUACAUCGUAAAAUACGAGCUUGAAGGGCUGCGAGCCCAGAAGGACCUGAGGAUCCCAGGUCUUCCUGACAAAUACACCCUGCAUAACCGCGACAACAUCUGGCAGAAGCUCUGUUCAGCCGGUGUGAUCGUGGACAUGUUUCCUCUCCACAAUUCGGAAAAACUGAAGCAGCUCAAGGAAGCCUGGUACCUGGGGAAUCAGCUCUCCCAGCCACUUGACUCUGUGAAUGAGUAUUUUGGGAACUCAGUGGCUUUCUACUUCAGCUUUCUCGAUUUCUACACCUGGUCUCUGCUCCCACCAGCAAUUUUGGGUCUGUCCAUCGCAUACUUCUCAGGUGAGGUCCAGAAGGAGAUGGUGGAGUCGGUCUCCAAGUCUCAGUCUCCGGACAUCCAGGUUGACUCGGGUCUGAUGGUCAGCGGUCACAUGAUCCAGGCAGUGUUCAGCAUGCUCUGGUCAACGGUGGUGAUGGAGCUAUGGAAGCGCCGCAGUGCCACUCUGUCGUACCGCUGGGGGACCCUGCAACUCGCAGAGCGCUUUGCAGAGCCCCGCCCCAGUUUCCAUGGCAAACUGGGAGUCAACCCUGUGACAGGACGUGUGGAGCUGCUCUUCUCUGAGUGGCAAAGAGACCUACGAAUGUUGCUCGUGUCCGUCCCAGUGGUGGGGCUGUUUCUGGGGCUGGUGGUUGUGGGCAUGAUGUGCUUUUACUGGGGGGAAGCUCAAGUUAAGCAGCUGCACAAAGACUGGGACUCCUACCUUUCCCAGACGUUCCUCUACAUUCCCUCAGUGCUCCAUAUCGUCUACACAAACAUGCUGGGGAACGUUUACAGAAACGUGGCACAAGCCCUGACGGAAUUUGAGAACCACAGGGAGGAGUCAGCCUUUGAGAACCACCUGACAGCCAAAGUCUUGGUGUUUACCUUCUUCAACAACUUUGCAGUGCUCUUCCACAUUGCCUUCUUCAAGCAGGACGUGUCUCUUCUUCGAAAGCGACUGGCAUCUCUGCUGAUCGUGACCCAGCUGGUGAAUCAGGUAACAGAGGUGGUUAUACCUUUCCUGGUGGACAGAUUCAUUAGCGCCCCCCGGAGGAAUGAGAAAGAAGAUGACCCACAAGAAGACAAAUUCAGGAACCAAAGAUCCCUGCCUCCUUUUCCUGGACUGUUUGCAGAAUACAUUGAGCUCCUGGUGCAGUUUGGGUAUUUAAGUCUUUUCUCCUGCGUGUUUCCUCUGACUGCCGUUCUGCUUCUCCUUAACAACGUGACAGAGAUCCGAUCAGACGCUUAUAAGAUUUGCAAACUCUUCCGCAAACCCUUCUACCCCCCUGUGGCUAACAUGGGCGUCUGGCAGAUUGCCUUUGAGAUCUUGAGCUUUGCCUCUGUUGUGUCCAACUGCUGGCUGCUGCUGCUGUCGCCACACGUGCAGGUGUGGGGGCAGGAGAACGGGUUGAGCGGCGGCAACCUCCUCUUGAUGGCCGUCAUCGUGGAGCACGUCCUGUUCUUGGUGAAGUUCAUCAUAGCAGUAGUGAUUCCAGAUGAGCCCUACUGGAUCCGCAAAAAGAGGGAACAUAUGGAAUAUGCCUCCAUGUGGGCCCUCAGACAGAUGACACUUGAAGCUCGAGAGUCCUAAGUUUGUUUCAAGAGGUGGUGCUGGUCUCACAGUGUCCCACAAUUUUCACCCAAAAACGUGACCCAAAAGAAUUCCAAUCAAAGGUCAUUUUGAUUUCUUCAUAUCAAAGACUUCUGCAGGUCUGCAGGUUUGAAGUUUCAUGCUUGAAGAUUUGAAUCCUCUAAUCUAGUUCAAGACCACAAAGCCAGUAUUUUGGCUUGAUGUGCUUUCAGAGCUUAUAGAGCUCUAAUGUCUGGAUCCACAGUUUUAAAAUUUUAAUGCUGUCAGCUGCAUCAGCUCUAAGAAGAGAAGUAGAGGCAUAGUUUAAACUGCCAUCUAGUGUUUGGUUGUAUUUAUUUGCCAAAGUUGGGGCUCCAUCCAUUUUCUUUUCUUACUGUGUCUUUUGCAGGGUCACAAGGGUUGCUAGACUAAUUCCCGCUGCUUCAGGGCAAAAGCGAAAUAAACGCAGGGCCACACGCCUGCGUGUAUUUCGUAUAUAUUCACUCCUAAGGGGUUAGGGUUAUCUCUGUUUAGGGUUUAGGGGUUUAUCUUUGAACUAACAUUGAUUGUAGUUGCAUUGUGACACACCAACCAGAUGACAUUAAAGGUGGUUGAAUUCUGGUUUAUAGGGAGUUUAGAGCUCAAAUCUAAAUCAAGCUUUGCCAUUCUGCUUUAUUUAUACAUACCAUCUUCUAGAACCCAGAUAAAUAGUCAGAGGUUUUCUGAUAAUAAUAAUAAACACCAGCUUUGUGCUUUGACUCGAUUGAAAGUGCUGAAUUCCAACUGUGCUCCUGCAGUUUCCACAGAAUGUAUUCCGCAAGUGCGAUUCACACAACAGCUUCAAAGUGUUUAAUUUUCAAUAUUAAGAUAUUUUUGGACUGCAUGAACUUUUAUUAUUUUAAGAAAUUCCCUUUGUUUCUGGAUUCUAAAAAUGUCUUAAGACAACAUAUUGUAACUUUAAAGUAUGAAAAAGUAAGGGGAAAAAAUGCAAAAAUGGCAUAUUAACUCAAUUUUCUGGCAAAAACUGAUUUUAUCACAGAGUCUAUGAAUAACAUAGAGCAAUACCCCAAGUUCAUCAAAUGUAUUUUACAGUUUCUGCUGGCAAGUGUUCUAUUCUGAGUAUUACAUUUGUAAAAUAAAAAAAAUGUUCCUAUCAAAGCAAACUUACUGUUUAUUCUAGAAUACUGUUUCCAAAAAAAUGUUUGUUUGGUUAAUACUGAAUAUCAAAAGAAAGCUGAAGUGAGAAAACCAAAGUUCUUCCUGUUUUUGUUGUCUUACCACCGUUACCCUUAUUUUGUAUGCAAAUUGUACAUUUACGUCAAAUAUUUGUUGCUGCUCUUUUGUAAUAUAUUUGAUGUUCCUGUAUUUUUUUUAGACUGUUUAGUAUUAGUUAUUUUUUCACCCACCAGGUGGCGCUAUACACUAUCAUGUCUGUCAGUACAUCUAUGGUUCAAGCAGCUUGCUUGUUACAUGUAGCUGUGAGUGCAGCAGGGCCGCUGUGCAGAAUCAUUUGGACAAAGAGCAGAUGAUUCGGAGACUGCAUGACGUAAAUCACUAAACUGUAAAGAAAUGUGGUUCAGAAUUUUAGGUUUCCCUGUGUUUGCUUGCAGUACAAUAAACUCUCAAAAGAAA